AUACUCCUAUAUAUAUUUUAUAGAGAAACGUGUAAUAACAAAUUUGAUCUGAUAAAUUUAGUAAAUUUCUGAAAUUAUAAGUUUCCAAACCUCAGGUGUGUUCAACAAAUUGAAGUACAAGGCUACUACCUAAUUUCAAAACCGAUCUCCCUGAUCCAACAAGGCUCUGAUAAUUGAAUUUGAAAAGAAAAAUGGGGGACAGGCAUGGAAGUGAUGACAAAGGACUGUUUUCUCAUCUUGCUGGGUAUGCUGUGGGUCAUCACCAUGGAGGCUAUGGGUCAUAUCCACCACAAGGAUAUGGAUAUCCACCACAAGGGUACCCGCCUUCUGGCUAUCCUCCGCACGGUGGAUACCCACCCGCAGGAUAUCCUCCUCCUCCAGGCGCAUACCCGCCACCUGCAUAUCCUCCGCAUGGUGGAUAUCCUCCUGCAGGCUACCCUCCAGCCUACUAUCCGGGUCAUUCAUCACAUCAUGGACAUGGACCUAAUAUGGGAGGCAUGCUAGCUGGUGGUGCAGCAGCAGCUGCAGCUGCAUAUGGGGCGCACCAUCUCAUGCAUGGUCAUCAUGGUCGUCCUUUCGGCCAUUAUGGCCAUUACGGCCCUUACGGCCAUCAUGGCAAAUUUAAGCACGGAAAAUUCAAGCAUGGGAAGUUUGGCAAGCGCUGGAAACAUGGCAUGUUUGGCAAACACAAGUUCAAGAGAUGGAAGUGAUUCAUUAUCCAAAGUUUACAGGAUUCCUGCUAUAAGUUGUUGCUUGUUACUUUUCUGUUGAUGAUGAAUUUCUGGUGCAUUUUGGGUGUCUAGACACCCUACAUAUGGUUUGGUGUUUAUAGUAAUUACAUAUAGUUUAAAUUUGAAGUUGAUGACUUUCUGCGAGGAUAUUAUUACAUUUUUAAAGUCUGAUUUCGAUACUGAUAGGGUCGAUAAUUUUAGCUUAUAAGCUAGUUUUCGUAGCUUAAUGCAUGUAGCAAAUCCGAGCACUUUUUUCAUUCAUUUGUCUGUUACAUCUCUCAAACUGAAGAGAUAUCAAUGGAACAAAAAUGACUUAGUUUUAUUA